AUGGGUGGGCUCUGGGAAGCUGGAAUUAAAUCCGCCAAGUAUCUAUUAACGCGAGCCGUAGGAGAAAAAAGUUUGACGUUCGAGGAACUCACAACAGUGUUUUGUAAAGUAGAAGCGAUUCUCAACUCGCGGCCGCUUUGUCCGUUACCAGCUAGUGAUAAUCCUGAUGAGUUCAACGUUUUGACUGCGGGACACUUUCUAAUUGGAAAAGGGUUAACAGCAGUACCUGAGUAUAAUGUAGAGGAUAUAACAAUAAAUCGAUUAUCACGUUGGCAAUAUAUUCAAAAAUGUUCACAAAUGUUUUGGCGUAGAUGGAGUCACGAAUAUCUAAAUACGCUGCAACAGAAAGCAAAGUGGCAUUCGGAUAGAUCUAAUAUAAAAAUAGGUGAUCUCGUAAUCAUAAAAACUGAUAAUGUACCGCCGUGCAAUUGGCCUUUGGGUAGAAUUGAGGCUCUUCACGGUCCAGAUGGGAUUGUUCGUUGUGUUACGCUUCGCACUCAAAAGAGUACUCUACAGAGACCAGUUAAUAAACUGAGUCCUCUACCUUAUUCAAAUUAG